UUCGGACACAAGACACGACUGAGAAGAAGUUCCAAGACCGACUUUGCAUCGUGCGAAAAUGCGGCUUUUAAUUCUGGUUUUGGGCGUCGCCGCCGCCGGUCUCGCGAGCGCCUCCUGCCCCCCGCCGGACUGCAACGCCGGCCCGCCUCCAGACACGCCCCCCUUCUUCCUGCUGAGCGAUCCCCAAGACUGCCACAAGUACUACAUCUGCUACAACGAAGAGGGCGACGGCGACGAUACUUACUUCAUCACCGGCGAAUCCUACUGGUGCGAGGACCACGGCGCCGUCUUCAGUCAGGUCGACCAGCUCUGCGGCGACUACACGUGCGCCGAGUCGUGUUCUGGCACAUGCGCGCCCUACGAAUGCAUUGACCCCCUGCAGGACAAAAUAGCCGACCCUUACAACUGCACGAAGUAUCACACCUGCCCGGACGGCAAGACGGUGCAGUGCGAGGGCGACAAACCCUUCUUCGACGGGGACCAGUGCCAGGCGGACGAGUCCAAGUGCUGCCACUGCAAGCCCUACUGCAGCCAAGGUCAGAAGUUCACGAACGUCCCAGAUCCUUUGGACUGCAAGAGCUACUACUUCUGCGUGAACGAGCAUGACUUCCCGACAUACCAGAGCACGUGUGACGUUGGAAACUUCGACCCGUUCACCAGCCAGUGUAGCGAGACAGUUCCUUGUAUCACCAUAUGUCCAGCGCCUUAAUCUCUGGAGCUUUUGCUAUCGGGAU